UCACUCACUCACCCCCUCUCCUUCUAAUCUCACUGUUUCUCCUCCUAAAAUGCGACGCGCUCCUCCCUCUACCCAUUUCCUCGCCACCGCCACCGCCACCGCCACCGCCACCGCCACCGCCACCGCCACAAUGUCUUCACGCCCGCACCACCGUGGACGCGGCAGAGGAUUCUCCGGCCGCCCCUACUCCGCCGCCAGAGACCAGUUCGUUACCGGCGACUCUCACUUCCGGUCCGUACGCGACGCCAAUUCCGGAAUCCGCCGUGGAGGCUUCGCGAAUCAAACGCAGUAUAAUCAGAAUCCGCCGCGGCCUUAUCCUCCUCCUCCGACGCAGUUCCGGCCGCCGAAUCACCGGCAAGCGUUUCGUCCGAAGCCUCCGGAUUAUCGAGAGUGGGAGCUCGCUCUUACGCCGCCACCUCCUCCGCAUUGUGAACGGUUUAUAGUCCUUUCGUAUAAUAUAUUGGCUGACUACCUGGCUAUGGAGCAUGGGAGACUUUAUUCACACAUACCUCGUUACAUGUUGGACUGGCAGUGGAGAAAGAAUAAUAUAGUUUUUGAGCUUGGGUUGUGGUCUGCUGAUAUCAUGUGUUUACAGGAGGUUGAUAGAUUUCAUGAGUUGGCAGAGGAUUUUAAGGCUAAGGGAUACAGUGGCAUCUGGAAGAUGCGUACCGGCAAUCCAGUAGAUGGCUGUGCUAUCUUUUGGCGAACAUCAAGGUUCAAUUUGUUAUAUGAAGAAUGCAUUGAGUUCAAUAAGCUGGGACUUAGAGACAAUGUCGCUCAAAUAUGUGUACUAGAGCUCAUUAAUCAAAAUGGAUCUCUCCCACCCAGCUUGAAAGGUUCUAGUAAAGUUGUGGUUUGUAACAUUCAUGUGCUGUACAAUCCUAAUAGAGGAGAGAUUAAGCUUGGCCAGGUCAGAGUGCUACUGGAUAAAGCCAAAGCUGUUUCUGAACUCUGGAAUAAUGCCCCUAUUGUUAUCUGUGGAGAUUUUAAUUGUACCCCUAAGAGUCCGUUGUACAACUUCAUCUCAGAACAGAAGUUAGAUCUGUCUGGAAUAGAUAGGGAUAAGGUGUCGGGCCAAGCUUCUGCUACAAUUCGCCCACCAAGGCGUGUCGGUACUAAUAAUAGUGAAAGGCCUGCUGAUGGUUCAGUUCAGGUCCCAUCCACUGAAGGUGACAAGGAAGUUAAGAUUGGACAAGAUAGUUCUGUGUCAGGCAUGCAGAAUCCAGAGACAAAGAAUAAUAGUUCAGAAAACCAACAUACUCACACGGUUUUGGACGUGUCCAAGUCUUCGACAGAUAUGCAGUGUGCAAAGGAGACCGAUCAAUAUGUCGAUAAGGAUACUCAGGAUAUAGCUGUUGACCAUAAGAUUUUUAAUGGAGUUGAUCAUGGAAAAGAAGAGUCAAAUACUUAUCAUAGUGAAAGUAGGCUCCUUAUUCAUCAUAUAGAUGGUGAGAUUCAUAAUACCACUCCUAUGACCUCUUCAGCUCUUGAAACAGUUCACACUGAUGCAGCUGGGUUGGGCAGUACACGACAUAAACAUAUAUCAGAUGCUAUCUCAUCGUCAAAUCAAGAAUCUUUAAGUGAAAAUUCCAACUUACAUGACCCUAAAGGAAAUGAACAUACACAGGAAGAGCAAUCUUCCCGGGUAAAUAUAGAUCUUGAGUCAACAGAUGUUGUCAACUUAAAAAUUUCUUCAACUCAACCGUCCAGCCAGAUUUCAGUUUCCGAUGCUUUUGUAGUACCUAAUCCAGGGUAUAGUGAAAGCCCUUCUUGUGAGGUCGUUGCCGAUGACCAAAUGGAUAGUUCAUCGAUCUCAUGUCUAGUUUACAAAUCACAUCAAUCAACCAACAUUGACUUUCCACUAGAUGAAAAACUAGGGGAAACAUUCCUUGAUGAGAUAGAUAAAACCAUCAUAGGCAGUGAAAAUGUUAGUGAAGAUGACAAUGUUCUAAAAACUGAAUUUCAUAAUGCCAAAGAAGGUGUUGCUCUCGAUCUUGGCCCAUCAGUGAAAUCAGAUUUUGUAAAGUCCUAUCAGGUUGAGGAAUUAGAUUCUGCUUCCGAAGACUUAUUGCUGCCUGCAGAAAGCAAUGAAGUGGAGGAUGAAUUGUCUCCAGUUCCAAUUUCCAAAUCUAUAGAUCCAGGGAAAACUACUCAUAAUCCUUCCUUAUGGACCCCUAUGGAGAUAAAAACUGCAGCAGGAAAUGCAGAGUGCACCGUCUUGGAGCACCCUUUACUGCUUAGGAGCACAUACACUGAAGCUACUAUGAAUUGUUCAGGAACUAGAGACCCCCAUGGAGAGCCUCUGGUAACCAGUUAUCAUAGGUGCUUCUCAGGCACUGUUGACUACAUAUGGCGAUCUGAAGGUCUGCAAACCACCAGAGUUCUUGCUCCAAUACCUAAACAUGUCAUGGAAUGGACUCCAGGGUUCCCUACAAAGAAAUGGGGUAGUGAUCAUAUUGCCUUGGUAUCCGAGUUGGCUUUCUUGAAAGAGGGUAGCGACAUCAGCAAGGAUGUUUAGUAGCAGUUCACCCAAUCAAUUAUGAGCUUUUGCCAUCUUACGACCAUCAAAUGCAGUGCCGAUGCUUGCCCUAAUUUGCCCCCUUCAGGUUUUAUGUUGUAGGAAUCUCUAAAGGUUGUAUAUAGAAUAAUUUAUAUUGAUCCUCAGAUGGGAGCAAAUGAGCAAUGAAGACUCGGUAGAUCUCACUCACAAUGAGACAAGUAUCUUUUGUUUUUUAAAUUUUAGAAAUAAUUAAAAUUAGGGAUAAUUUAUAAAAGUCAGGUGUCAUGUUUUAUGAUGGGGGAGUAUGGACUACACGAGUACUGGAAAAGUUUCCCUCAGUUCGAUCCUGUACAUUUAAUAAAGUUGAGCUCGUAUAUACUA